AUGGCGGCGCGGCGGGUGAGGGCGUUCAAGCGGUGGAUGAAGCAGGAAGGGAUCGAGUGCAGCGACGCCUUGGAGUUAACCGUAUCCGCCGCCCAAGGCCUCUCCAUCACAGCCCUCGCUGAACUCCACGUCGGCGACGCCGUGGCCAGAAUCCCCAAGGCCGCGUGCCUCACCGUCGUCACCACCUCCGCACGUGACAUGAUCGACGCCGCAGGCCUCGACGGAAGCCUGGGCCUCGCGGUGGCGAUCAUGCACGAGCGGAGCCUCGGCGAGCAGUCGCCGUGGGCGCCGUACCUGGCGGUGUUGCCGGAGCGAGAGGCGAUUCCGUUGGUGUGGACGGCGGAGGAGGCGGAGGAGCUGCUGAGAGGGACGGAGCUGCAGCAGACGGUAAAGGAAGACAGGACAGUGAUGCUGGAGGACUGGAAAGAGAGCAUUGAGCCUUUGCGUGAUCACAUUGGGACUCGAUUUGAGAGGUUUUUCGGGUUUGAGGACUACUUGGCGGCAAGAACGCUCAUUGCUUCCAGGUCUUUCCAGGUAGAUGAUCACCACCACGGAGUCGGGAUGGUUCCUUUGGCUGACAUAUUUAAUCACAAAACAGGAGCUGAGGAUGUGCACUUGAACACCUCUGCGUCUAGUGAAGACAGUGAAUCCGAGGAGGCCGAGAGUGGUAGCGAAGACGGCAACGAAUCUACUACUAGCACAACUUCCAGUGUUGGUCAUACUACUGGUGCUAGUACUACUGAUGAUGUAGCUUCUGGUGCUAGUGAUGAUGACGGUGACGAUGAUGAUUUGGAGAUGGUUAUGGUUAAAGAUGUCAAAGCCGGAGCUGAGGUCUUCAAUACAUACGGUUUAUUGGGCAAUGCUGCACUUCUUCAUAGAUACGGAUUUACAGAGCCAGAUAAUCCAUUUGACAUUGUCAAUAUUGACUUGGAACUUGUACUUCAGUGGGGUGCAUCUUUGUUUUCUGGCCAGCAUCGUAGAGCGAGGCUAUCUUUGUGGAGAAGAUUAGGAUACUCCGGAUGCGCCAGCCACAACUCAGAAUAUUUUGAGAUUUUGUUUAAUGGGGAACCUCCAAAUGAGCUGCUGCUUCUGUUGUACAUUAUGUUGUUACAACAGGAUGCAUAUGAUAAGAUUGAUCUGGCUCUAGCAACUGCAGGAAAUUCCAAUGGGCACAUGGACGGCAUUUUAUCAGAUAAAAGUGAAAAAUUGUCCGACAUAACUGCUGAGUUCAGUGAAGCCGUGUUGCUGACAAAUACUAUUUGUAAUGCUCUCUUGUCCCUUGCAGAUAUGCGGGAGAGUUUGUAUGGUAAAAAUUCAAUUGAAGAUGACAUUGAAGCACUGAAAAGGUUUUGUAGUAUAAAAGAGAAAAAGUUGCACCAUUCGUUGAUGCUUCGUAUCAGUGAGAGGAAAAUUAUUCAGAAAUUCAGAACAUUUGCCUCUUCCAGUUCCCAAGUUAGAACUGGUGAAGCCUCUCCGAGAAAGAAGUUGAAACGAAAAUGAAAGACAGGACACUUGUUACAGUAUUAUCCACGUCAUUUCUUCUUUGCAUUAUGCAAUUUCCUCUCCCCAAGUCAACGAAUGGAAUACACAAUGCUUUUGUGCUGCUAUAAAAG